AUGUAGAACUCAAUCGGGAGAUGGAAAUUGUGUGAUUAAGGUUUAGUAAUAAAAGAUAAAUUAAAUAGAUUAUGAUAAGGAGCUUUAUAAAAUCGUAUUGCAGUAUAGAAUUAAUUUGAAUUCCACUGAAUAAUUCGAAGAAGAUAUUUAUUAGGCAUUCAUAUAUUAAGCUAAUGAGUUUCUAAAAUCAAAAACAAAUGAAGCUAAAGCGAAGCACAAUCAAAAUAUAAAAGAAGAUUAAUUGAAAUAUAAAUAUCAAAUCAAGCCAUAAUAAGAAAAAAUAAGUCAUAAAUUUGAGUAAUAAUUAUUGAAUAUCUCAAAAUAAUAAUAUCCAAAUCCUAAUUCAAGAUAUAUACCUGAGGGAAAUUUACAUUCUGUGGCAUCAAAAAAUAAGAAAUCACAAAUAAUAUAGGAAUAAACGGAUAAGAAGAAAGAAAAGAUGAUGUUGCUAAAUUAAUUUAACUUGAAAUCAAAGAGAAUUAUAAAUAUGUGUAAUAAGAAUGAACAAAAAUAGUUUUAUAAUGUGUUAAAAACGGAUAUGUAAUUCAAGAAUUUAUAGAUGGAUGAAGCUUUAAUUAAAACCAAAUUCAAUAGAAAACUUUCAUAAUUAGGUUUUACAAAAGAAGAUUAAAUAUUAACGAAUAAAUAGAUUGUACUUCCAGUAUGUGUAAAGAAUAGCUAAUGA